ACUUUUAAAGUUUAGGAUGAUUUUGAAAAUAAGCCUAAUUAAGAUUGAUACUAAAGAAAUUUAAUAUUCUUCGAUCAAACUCAGCAGAAAUGUUCAUUGAUCACAGGGAAUGACAGUGUCAUGGUUAACAGCAAUCCUUCCAGUGGCAAGACCUCCGGAUUGCUAUAGCCAGAACGUACAAAACUCUCUGUCCCCAGGGUCGGCGCGGCUGGCCUUGCUGUUCUCUUCACUUGCUCUCAUGUCCAUUGGAGGUGGAGGUAUCCGGCCGCGUUCGUUGGCCUUUGCUGCUGACCAAUUUUACAAUCCCAACGACCCAAAAAAUAAGAGGGUCCUGCAGACCUUAUUCAAUUGGUAUUACACUUCAGUCGGGGUUUCGAUCACCAUCGCUGUCACCGUUAUAGUUUAUAUUCAAGACAAAAUUGGAUGGGUCGUGGGGUUAGGAAUUCCAGUGGGACUCAUAUUUUUCUCCACCGUAAUGUAUUUCCUGGGCUCUGCCCUCUACGUUAAAGUGGAUGCUAACAAGAAUUUGUUCACGAGCUUCGCACAAGUCAUUGUAGCUGCUUGGAGGAAGAAACACCUACCUUUGCCGCCCAGAGACAAAGAUGGAUUCUACUACCACAAAAGAUCAAAGAUUAUUGCACCAACAGAGGAAAUAAGAAGGCAAGGCAAGGAAGAGGAAGGAGAAAGAAAGGGUGACUGCUGGGUUCGAUUGAACCUAGGGACUAAGAGGAGACCAGAUGGUGCGCAAAGUGGGAGAAAAUAUCGGCACCGAGACUUGAGAGGUGAGGUCGUGACUCGUGAGGCAGCCAUAGCUGGCCACUACGCUAUGCCACUACAGCGGCUGCUAUGGCCACUAUUGACAACACUGCCUCAGAUUGAACUUGAUACUUCAGGUGUUGUCACCAAGCGAGAUGUGCAAUCCCAAAUAAUGACCCAAGCACUUCGAAAAAUUCAUUAUUCAUUAUGCCAUUCUCAAACUCUUAUAAUCUUUCUUAAUCAGGUUAGAUUUAAGCAGGUCAUGUUUGAAGUCAAAUCAGGUCAAGAUCAUAGACGAAUGGAAGAGGUGACUUGUGGUGGAAACGCCUUGAAAUUCUAUGCUGCUAUACGGCUGAGAAUGAUAAGAACUGGAUUGCACAAGACUGGUGAUAAGGCAACUGGUCUUGGGGUUUGCGUGGAAGUGGUGAAAAACAAGUUGGGACCUGCAAAGAAAAAGGCCGAACUGGAAAUUCAGUUUGGUCAAGGUAUUUGCCAUAAAUCUGAGGUCCUGGACUUAGCAUGUGAAUAUGGGCUCAUCCGCAAAGAAGGAAGCAUCUAUUUUAUAGAAGGGAUGGCUUUUGGUGAUAAACAGGCAGCUCAAAAGUACUUGGCUGAUAAUGAUGGCAUUCUUAAUAAGUUAGUUACAGAUUUAAGGACACAAUUAUUUGCAUCAGAAUCUGAUAAUGGUAGAUGCGUGGCUGUGUGACUGUCAUUCUUAUGGAUAAGUAAAAUAGGAGUAUGGUGAUCGCUGAAUUCUCAUUUGUGAUGAAGUGGCUUUCCACUGCAUUAACUUUGAAGCAACUCAUUGGGAGCUUUUGAUCCUAUUCAUGAUUCAUCAUCAGAAUUCUGUAUUGUAAAUUCUAAACCAACAGGGCCUGAUGAGACCUCUGGCGGGGUUGGAGCAUACAAGAUAAUCCCGAUGCAGGAGACAUGUCUAGGUUUAGGCAAGAUUCUUUGGUGAGGUAGUGGACAGGUGUAGCAUUUUAGAUCUAUUUAGAGCAUGUUUAAUUAUUUGGGUUUAAAGAUAUCCCAUCCUGAUUAACUUUAGUUGUACUGUAGUUCUGUAACAUUUUAUAUAGAAAUGGCUUUACUUCAAUUUUGAA